GCUUGGUAAACAUCUUUUAUCAUGAUUAUCAUCCGGAUUAAGUGUGAUGGUAUUUUGGGGAUUGUGAAGUGAAGACGAGCAUGCGGUGCUUGAAGUGUGAAUUUGCGGUUUAGCCUUAAGGAGUAGACAAAUAAAGAAAAAAGAUCGCAAAUUGCCGUGAUCAUUGAGCCCUCUGUGACUGACAUCGUCAAUUUGGUCUGAAAAAUUCCAUGUGCCAAAUUACUUGGCUUAGAAGUAAAUUUGGAGAGGAAGCAAAAUUUGUGUGGGACAAUUUUUUUUUCUUUUUUUUAUUUUGUGUGUUGAGAUCAAGUUUUGUUAAAUGAAGUCCAAGUUUGACCAUCUAUAAAAGGAUGGUCUGUCUUCAUUGUUGAAACCAUUCCUGUAUAAAAGGUUGCUACUAUUUGUAGUAGGAGAGAAAGAAUAAGUAGCGUUGAGUUUCAUGAAGUUUGAAAUUGAUAGAUUUAGUGGGCGCAACAACUUCAAUAUUUGGAAGAUCCAGAUUUUGAGGUUACUGCAGAGGAAAGGUUCAAUCCAUGCUAUUGACGGAAAUUAUCCAGAUGGUACAUCAGAUUUCAACAAGGAGAAGAUUGAAGGCGAUGUAUUGAGUGUCAUUCAACUGUCCCUUGCACCUAACGUGCUUUGUGAAGUGAGUACAGGUACCUACGAGGCGGCCAAACAGUUAUUGGACAAGCUGCAAGGGAUUUACCAGGACCGGUUGGUGACAACAAGGAUGUUGUUACAACGGCAUCUUCACACAUUUAAGAUGGAUCCAGGCACUUUGUUGCAAGACCAUUUAGAUGCGUUCAAUAAACUUAUCAUGGACUUACAGACUGCCAAAAUUAAAAAGGAUGAGGAGACUCUUACACAUGCUUUGCUAUUUUCAUCAAUUUCAAAAUAUCGUGAUAUUGAGAAUUCAAUGAUGUAUAGCAAGGAGCCUAUCACUCUUGAGCAAUUGCGGCAAGCACUUAACUCUUUUAAUAUGCGGAGGAAUUUUGAAGGAGACAGAGAUGAUGAAUCUAGUGGGCUCUUUGUGAGAGGUCAUACUAGCCAACAAGGAAGGAGCAAAUCAAAGCACAGAUCAAAAUCUCAUGUGAACAAGAAGAAUGCAGAGUGUUGGGGCUGUUACAAGAAGGGGCACUUUGAACAAGAUUGCCUCACAUUAAAGUCCAAAGAAAAGGCGAGUGCAUUCAUUGUUGGACAAGUGCAUGAUUCUGAUAAUGAAUAUGUACUAAUAACAUCAUGAAAUAAUGGGUCUAUGGCAACAAAUGGGUGCUAAAUUUUGGUUGUACUCUGCAUAUGACAUUCCGACGAGAUUGGUUCAACAACUAUGAGAAAAGUGGAGAAACUGUAGUAAUGGGCAAUAAUGCAACUUGUAAAAUAGUUGGCAUUGGCUCAGUUUGGGUUCGUGGCCAUGAUGGAAUUGUGAGGACUAUUAUAGAAGUUUGUCAUAUUCCCAAUCUGAAGAAGAAUUUGAUCUGCCUGAGUACUCUGGAGAAACAAGGCUACAAGUACAUGAGCGAAGAGGAACUAUAAAGUUGACUAAAGGUUCUUUAGUCAUGCUGAAAGCCAAGCUAGAGGAUGUCCUUUACACACUGGUAGGACGCACCAUUGGUAGCUCUGUUAAUGCAUCUACAGUGAAGUUAUCAGAUGAUGAUAAGACAAGAUUAUGGCACAUGAGACUGGGUCAUAUGAGUGCACUAGGAUUGGAGAUGCUGAACAACUAAAACCUUUUGAAUGGUGAGAAGAUCAACACACUUGAAUUUUGUGAGCACUGCGUCCUAGGAAAGCAGAAGAAGAUCAGCUUUAGCACUGGCAAGCGCAAGAUGGGAAGGGUGCUAGCCUACAUCCUUUCAGAUUUAUGGGUCCGUCUAAAGUUCCAUCAAAGAGUGGAAAGAGAUAUCUUCUCACAUUCAUUGAUGAUUUUUCACGGAAGGUUUGGGUGCGUUUCUUGAAGGCAAAAAUAAUGCUUUUGAAGCAUUUAAGGAGUGGAAGAUAUUGGUUGAGAAUCAAAUGGAGUGAAAAAUCAAGUACCUGACAAUGGCUUGGAGUUUUGUAGUGAAAAGUUCAAAGAUUUCUCCGGCUUGGAGUUUUGUAGUGAAGGGUUCAAUGAUUUCUCCAAGGUUCAUGAAAUCUCAAGACAUAAGAGGGUCAGGAACAACCCACAACAGAAUGGAGUUGCCGAGAGGAUGAACAUAACUCUUCUUGAAAAGGCUCGUUGUAUGCUCCUACAAGCCAAAAUAUCCAGAGUGUUUUGGGCUGAAGCAGUUCACACUGAGAUAUAGACAUUGAUGAUCUGACUUAAGUGGGAACUGAUGAGCGCAUGCCGGACGGAGACUGAACUCCUUGCUUAGGUGUUCAGCUUCCUUCUCUCCCACCUUUUUAGCCUUCUGGACAAUUGAUCGAUACUGUCAAUCUUAUUGUUCUCACUGAUACUUUCUGGUGCGUGGGUGUUUAGAAGGCUGGUAAAAUGAUUUGGUUUCACUAUGGUUAGCUAGAAUUUAUGGAACAUCAUUCUGUCAGCUGUUGGUACUUUUUACUUUUCAAAUAUGGACUGAACUAAUGUUUCAAUGUUCACGUAUUGACCUCAAUGCUACCGAGAUUGAUUUAUCAAUUUAGGAGUCAUGUCAAUGCUAAACUAUAUGAUGUUUGUCAUGAUCUUUCUCGCGGAAAGGAAAAAAUUGUUAGUGAUAAGGAUGGCUAGAGCUGUGUUAAAAUUAUGAAUCCCUUGGAAGCUGAGCAAGGACCAGAGAGUCUGCCUAAGUCAUCUGAAUUUCCUCAUGGAGCCAAAAGACGUAAAAUUGCACCUGGAAGGAUGAAGCUUUUGCAUUGCUAUGAAACAAGAUGCAUAACAAACAAUUACAUGACGACAGACGGCUAUUAAAUGUGAAGAAUUUGAAUAUAUGGGGCAAUAGCAGUUUAACUAAGCCACUCAGCGGCAAAUUAAUUCGUCAAAGUAUGAAAGUUCCUAUACAUUCUGCAGCGGCAACUGGAGUCAAAUCAUUCAUCAACCAGCAAUGGGAGAAAUCUGUAGGGCGUGGAAGGUAUGAUCGCUGCAAAAGAGGGCAACCAAGAGCUUCAGAAGCGAGCAGGGCCAUAAAAGCUGCCAAAACUUUCAUGCCAGAAAAUCCUUACUUCUUCCUGAUUCUUGAAAAAUCUGGAAAAGAGUUAUGGGGACAUAUAGAUGGAAGUGAUCCUUCUCCUACAGAUCCUACAAAGCUUGGCGAAUGGAAGAUUAAAGAUGCUCGGGUGAUGACAUGGAUUUUAGGGUCAAUUGACCCUCUUAUUGUUCUUAAUCUCAGGUCAUACAAGACAACAAAGGCCAUGUGGGAUUACUUACAAAAGGUUUACAACCAAGACCAUAACACAAGGAGCUUUCAACUAGAGCAUGAAAUUGCUAAUUACUCUCAAGGAGUUCAUGAGCAAAGCAAAACAGAAUUUUUGAUGAAAUUGCAACCUGGAUUUGAGAGUGUGCGCUCUAACUUGAUGAAUCGAGACCCGUCUCCCUCUUUGGAUAUCUGUUUUAAGGAAUUACUUCGUGAAGUGCAACAUCUUUUCACACAAAAUGCUUUCAAGCAAGAAAACAUCCUGACUACUGCAGUUGCUGCUCAAGGAAAAAGAAAGGGUAGGGAUAUGAGCAGAAUUCGAUGCUACAAUUGCAAACAAUAUGGCCAUAUUGUGAGUAAUUAUGGUAAGAAGUUCUGUAAUUAUUGUAAACAACACAGGCAUAUAAUCAAGGAUUGUCCCACACGUCCUCAAAAUCGUAGGAUCAAUGCCUUCCAAGCGGAGAUAAAUGGUUCAACUUCUGAUAACUCGUAUGCAACAGGAACUAACCAAUUUCCUACUUUGGACAAGUUCUUACUCCUGAAAUGGUACAACAAAUGAUUGUGUCAGCCUUUUCAGCCGAGGGGCUACAAGGAUUAAGUGUCGGAGAAGAUAAUCGCGAAGGGGCCUAAAGUUGGAAGAUUGUUUCCUAUGCACUUUUCCAUUCCUCGUGUACUAUCUUUUUCGUGUACUCCUACAACUAGUAAGAUGAAGGUUUGGUGUAGGCGUCUAGGACAUCCUAAUUCUAUUGUGUUGUCUCAUUUAUCAAAUUUUGGUCUAUUAGGAAAUAAAAAUCAAUUUUUAGUUGCUUCCAUUGAUUUUUCUACUUGUAAAUUAGGCAAAAGUAAAACUCUCCCUUUUCCUAAUUUUGAUAGUCGUACUACGAAGUGUUUUGAUGUAAUUUAUAGUGGUGUUUGGGGCAUUUCACCAAUUGUUUCACAUGCUCGUUUCAAGUACUUUGUGACAUUCAUAGAUGAUUAUAGUCGGUUUACA